AUGCUGAGACAGAUAAUCAAGAGAGGUUCAUCGAGCGUUGUGCUCUCCUCGCGUAUUGCACGUGCUGUUCCUUCAAGGGCUGCUUUGUUCCACAGUUCGUCCACACAGUACUCUGCGUCAAAGACUGUGAAGCUCACCGCAGAGUCGUAUCCGAAUGUUAAGCGUGACGAGCGUUACGCCACGUUGGAGCAGAGUGACAUCGACUACUUCAAGUCGAUUUUGCCAGAGAAUGCGCUGAUCCAGGACCAGGACGACCUGCUCUUCUACAACGAGGAUUGGAUGAGAAAGUACCGUGGUCAGUCUAAGCUCACUUUGAAGCCUAAGACCACUGAGCAAGUUUCUCAGAUCUUGAAGUAUGCUAACGAGAGAAACCUCGCUGUUGUACCACAAGGUGGUAACACCGGUCUGGUUGGUGGCUCUGUUCCGGUCUUUGACGAGAUUGUUCUCAGUUUGGCAAACAUGAACAAGAUUAGAUCUUUGGAUACCACUUCCGGUAUCUUUAAGGCCGACUCAGGUGUUGUUCUUGAAGUUGCUGAUCAGCAUUUGGCUGAGAACGGGUACAUCUUCCCAUUGGAUCUGGGUGCAAAGGGUUCCUGUCAUAUCGGUGGUACCGUUGCAACCAACGCUGGAGGAUUGAGACUCUUACGUUACGGAUCUCUUCACGGUUCAGUGUUGGGUCUUGAGGUUGUUCUUGCCAACGGUAAGAUCGUCUCCUCCAUCGAUGCCCUCAGAAAGGAUAACACCGGUUACGACUUGAAACAGCUCUUCAUCGGAUCCGAAGGUACCCUUGGUGUCAUUACUGGUCUGUCUAUCCUGUGUCCACCAAGACCAAAGAACUUCAACGUUGCAUUCCUUGGUGUUGAGUCAUACGAAGCUGUUAUGAAGACCUUCGUCAAGGCCAAGUCUGAGCUCGGUGAGAUCUUGUCCGCUUUUGAAUUCAUGGAUGAGAGCUGUCAAGAGUUGGCUAAGAAGCACUUGAAGACGGCUUACCCAUUGGAGGAACAGCAUCCAUUUUACAUCCUCAUCGAGACCUCUGGUUCCAACGGUGAACAUGACCUUGAGAAGUUGGAGGCAUUCUUGGAGAGUGCCUUUGAGAACGAGGUCAUCCAGGACGGUGUCAUUGCCCAGGAUGAGACUCAAUUGAAGGGACUGUGGAACUGGAGAGAGCAAAUCCCAGAGGCUUGUCAAAUCAACGGUGGUGUCUACAAGUACGAUGUCUCCUUGCCAUUGAGCGACCUGUACGGACUCGUGGAUGCUGCCAGAGAGAGACUGACACAAGCAGGUCUUCUUGGUGACACUGAGGACUUCCCAGUUAUCGAUGCCGUUGGUUACGGUCACGUUGGUGAUGGUAACCUACACUUGAACGUUGCUGUCAGACGUUACGAGAAGAGCGUCGAGAAGGCACUUGAACCAUUUGUCUAUGAGUGGGUCUCUUCAAAGAAGGGUUCCAUCUCCGCAGAACACGGAUUGGGAUUCCAAAAGAAGAACUACAUCGGCUACACCAAGUCUCAACCAGAGAUUGAGAUGAUGAAACAGUUGAAACAACUCUACGAUCCAAAUGCCAUCCUCAAUCCAUACAAGUACAUCUAA